AUGGUUGACUCGGCACACAUCGAGGGGCUGCUGAAAAGACCUCUCUAUGUCUAUGACCUUCCACCGGAACUGCUUGCGACCUUAAAAACGAAAACCGAACAUCAACCCCUCGACGACCCCACCACCGAAGCCCCCGCGGAUACUGAUUCUGAAGCGGCCACACAGGACCUUUCCAUCGCAACCUCAUCGUCAUGCCCGCUCUGCAAGGUCUCCUAUACCAACGUGCAGGAACAACGUAGCCACGUGCGCUCCGAUCACCACAGGUUCAACGUCAAAGCGCAACUGCGCGGCAAUGCGCCACUUGAUGAGAUUCAAUUUGUAAAGGCCGUCGGGGAGCUUGACGAGUCGAUUUCGGGGUCAGAGUCCUCAGAAUCAGACGAGGAUGAAGCUGAUGGCAGUGCCGACACAACCCUCACGGCCUUGCUCAAAAAGCAAGCAAAGCUGUCAGAAAAUAAUAACGAGGACGAGACAGGGGGGAAAAAGGGAGUGGCGAAGAACCCGUUGUUCUGGCUAUCCAGCUCGGGCUUGCCAUCAAAUAAAUCCCUGGGUGUCUAUCGGGCCAUUUUUUCGACCACCGAGCAGGACGAACCGGGUCACCUGGUGGAGACCAUACGAAAAAAGCAACUGGCACCUGUCAAGGCGCGUGCAAAUAAUGCGCAAGCCCAAGACCCCGCCGCAUCGGGUCCCCAUAUCUUUAUGUGUAUGGUCGGAGGUGGUCAUUUCGCAGCCAUGCUGGUGUCACUGGCGCCCGAGAUUCAUCGCAAGCAGGGAGGCAUUGAGGACCGACAGGCGAGGGUCAUUGCGCACAAGACUUUCCACCGUUACACCACUCGAAAGAAGCAGGGUGGCUCUCAAUCUGCAAGUGAUGCCGCACGAGGCGCAGCACACUCGGCUGGAUCUAGUUUGCGACGCUACAAUGAGGCUGCUUUGGAGAAAGAUAUCCGGGAGCUGCUUAUUGACUGGCGCAAGAUGAUUGAUACCGCUGAGCUGUUGUUUAUUCGCGCAACUGGUAAAACAAAUCGACAGAUCCUCUUCGACAAGCAUGACGGUCAGGUUCUGAAGCAGAAUGAUCCUCGCAUUAGAGGAUUUCCUUUCAAUACGCGCCGAGCGACCCAUGGAGAACUUAUGCGAAGUUUCAAGGAAUUGACAAGGGUAAAGAUCAGUGAAAUUGACGAAGCGGCAUUGGCAGCGGCUGCAGCGGCUGCUAAGAAGAAGGAGGAGGCCAAGCCACCUACACCACGCCCGCAGCCCCAAAAGCCGAAGCUGUCCAAAGAAGAGGAAGCCGCACUAUUGCAUACAUCACAGAUACAGGCCCUCAUUCGACGGUCAAAGGUCCCGGCCUUGAUGUCAUACAUAUCGACCAACUCGAUUCCUUCGUCCUUCAUGUUUCAACCAGCCGAUUCUCCACAAAACUUCCGUUGUCCUAUGCCUAUCCACCUUGCCGCAAACCUGAACUCUCCAGCUAUUGUCAGUGCACUCCUCACCAGGGCACAAGCGGACCCUACUGUCGUUAAUAACGAGGGUAGAACGCCAUUUGAACUUGCGGGAGACCGGGCUACACGUGAUGCCUUCCGUAUUGCACGCCAUGAGCUAGGCGAAUCGAAGUGGGAUUGGACAGCCGCUAAGGUCCCAUCCGCCAUCUCAAAGGCUGAUGCCGAAAGCAGAGCCGACCGGGAGCGGAUUGCUGCUGAAGAGGAGGAGAAAACCCGUCGCAAGGCUGGGUUGGAGCGCUUGCAAAAAGAGGACGCCGAAAGAGCAGCCCAGCAGGCGCAUAGACCUGGCGGACGCACUCUUGGGGCUGUGGAAAAAACUGCUGCUGAGAAAAGAGACGAAGAGACACGAGGAAUGACACCUGAAAUGAGGAUGCGACUGGAACGAGAGCGGCGGGCGAGAGCCGCAGAGGAGAGAUUCCGACGAAUGCAGGGCAAUUGA